ACUUUGCUCUUUGAAAUAAGAAUACUGCGCCGACUAUUAACACAACGGCGUUAGGUGUGUUCAGUGGCUUAGCUUGAUUUUGUAGUUGGAAUGAGUUAUGUAUGAUGAAGCUAUAAUUUAGUGUAGUUUUGAGUAUUAUUCAACAGCAACAACAAUUUAUUUUAUAAUUUUUCUACAUAAAUAAAUAAAGGUCAAUCACGUAUUUGAAAUGUGCACUACUUUUUGCUGAAAUUGAGAACAGGGUAUCAACAUAUCGAUAACUUUAAUCGUUGAAGUACCACCUUUGUUUUCAAUUUUAACAGAAUCAGUUGGUUCAAAUUUGAAAAGUUCGAAAUUUUAGUUUCCGGUGCAGCAUAAGAUAUUUAAAUCGCGAUUUGGCCUAUUCUUUAUGCUCUGAUUAUUUCGUUACAUCUAAAACCUUAUAAGGAAGUUAUACAUCAGAUAUAAACAAAAUAUAUGUAGAUAUAUAAAGAAGGAUUAUAUUUUCUAAUCUAGUGUGAACGAAAUAAGCAGUGUAUGAGAAGAUUGCAAAUUAUAGAAGACUAGGCGACUUUUGUAUACUUAAAAGAGAUCAUGGAAAAACGCGAUAAGAGUUGGGAUAUUGACACAACAUUGAAAUUAAUUAAAAAAGUCGAACAGCAACGAUUGCUGUGGGACACACAUGACAUUGAUUUUCUGAAUAUUGUAAAGAAACGACGUGUCUUCAGUGAAAUUGGCACAGAAUUUGGCUGUAUUGGUUCCGAAAUAGAACGCAAGUGGAGAGAAUUGCGCAACCAAUAUCGGCGUGAAAAAUUGCAAUACAGCAACUUGAACGCAAUGCCCUCAUGGUUUGCUUACGAGCAUAUGCGCUUCGUGGAUAACCAUGAUUCGUGCAACUCGUUGACCAUAGCACCAACAUCACCAGUUUCAACAAACUCUUCUAUUGCGGAAGCUUCUAACGCAUUCUUCCGCGCAUAUAAAUUACAGAAUGGCAAAUAUCCUCUGUCCAGUGACGCAAUUUCUGACGUUGAACAAACACAAAUAGCUGAUAGGGAUGAAUUUGAAAUUUUCGCCGAGGGCGUAGCAGCCAAGUUACGAAAAAUUCAAGAUCCUCGUGUUCAGCUGUGUGUACAACGCGAUAUCGAUAAUGCACUCUAUGAUGCAUUGAUGAAAAAUGCAGUACCAAAACGUAACUCAAUUAGUGCCCUUACAAGUUCCAGUAGUAAUAAUAGAUAUAAAUCGCUUAAAUACAUCGUGCCUGGUAUGAGCUCAUUUUUUAAUUAUUACCACUAAAUCAAAGCAAGCAAAAAACUAACAACUUCGAUUUCCAUAUAGUGGUAGAACGGCACUUUACUGGAAUGCAGCCGUGACGCUACCAAUGCAGAUGCAUACAGCAACGUUGGACUGCAUUUUAAAAAUUCAAAGUAUCGCAAACAAUUUGUAAACGAAUGUAUACUAGAGCUUCUGCAACCACAUAUUCAAUAAAAUUACACAUUUUUCGGCAAAUUUUAUGCAUUUUAUUUUCAAAUGCUCUACAACCUUUUUUAUGCACUUCAACAGACAAUUUGAUCAUAUA